GCAAAGGAUCCUCAUCUGCCGAGUUUUAUCGAACAUUUGUUCCGCAACACUCAAGCUCAACUACGUCAUUACCAUCGCCUCCUGUACGAGCGAAGAUAAACACGCCAGCAAAUAUACGCCUCAGUACUAUGGCACCUCACAGUCUCCUGGACGGCCACGAUGAUAGCCCGGCCAGCAAUGGCCAUCUUGAUGACAGCAAUGCGGUUCAAGAGCACAUACCUAGCCUUUCGGAGAAUCAGUCGCAUCUGAAAAGGUCGUCGUCAUCGGAGGACGUCCAUGAUCUUUUAUGUGUUGGAUUUGGUCCGGCCAGUCUUGCAAUUGCGGUUGCACUUCAUGAUUCUAUCGAGAAGGGAAAGCUCUCGAAGCAAAGGACCAAGUCCUCACCGAACGUCCUAUUUCUGGAGAAGCAACCACGAUUUGCGUGGCAUGCCGGGAUGCUACUACCCGGUGCAAAGAUGCAGAUAUCCUUCAUCAAGGAUAUGGCAAGCUUGAGGGAUCCCACUUCCCAAUUCACCUUCUUGAACUACCUUCACAAGAAUGGGCGGCUCGUCGAAUUUACUAACUUGAACACGUUUUUGCCCGCUCGGGCCGAGUACGAGGAUUACCUCCGAUGGUGUGCCAGCUUCUUCGAUGAUGUCGUCCAGUACAACACGGAAGUCGUCUCCGUCUCACCAGUGAAGGCCCCAGACUCAGUGGGACCAGUGUCUAUCUUUGCUGUUACAUCUAGGAAUACGAAGACGGGUGCCUUAACAACGCGUCGGGCUAAGAACGUCCUGUUAGCCAUCGGUGGGCAGCCAUCCAUCCCGAAGUGUCUACCGUCGAACCAUCCCCAAGUCGUACACUCUUCUCAGUAUGCCCACCUUGUGCCAAAGAUUUUGAAUAAGCCAAAUUACCCGUACCGGGUGGCCGUCGUCGGAGCCGGACAGAGCGCGGCUGAAAUCUUCAACAACAUUCACACCCUUUAUCCCAAUUCGCGGACGUCGCUGAUCAUGCGUUCUGAGUUUUUGAAGCCCAGCGACGAUUCACCAUUUGUCAACUCAAUCUUCAAUCCAUCGUUUGUGGAUUCCUUGUAUCGAAGAUCUACCGACAAUAGACGUUCUCUCCUGGAGGAUGCUCGAACCACCAACUAUGGUGUCGUUCGGCUAGAACUUAUUGAGCGUCUAUACGAGCGAAUGUACGAGCAGAGACGCGAGCUCGGCAGUGAUGAGCGAAAAUGGCCCCAUCGUAUUUUGGGCACCACUGAGGUAGUCGGUGUUGAUGUGACCUCGGAUCAGUUACGGCUAUCAAUUCGCCCACUUAGCAUCGCAGAGAAUACUAGUAAUGGCUCUGGCCAGAAUGGCCUAGGUAACGGUGUGGCGGAGGAUGAGGUCUUAGAAGUGGACCUCAUCAUCGCAGCAACGGGCUAUCAACGACAAAGUCACCUAUCGAUGAUAAGAGACGUGGCCGAGUUACUACCCGAAGUCUCUCAGACUAAUGGGUCUCAGCCAAAGAAAGAAAUUAGAUCCAAGUUCUCAGAAGCUCAGAUUGAUAAUCGGGUUGUCCGAGUUUCACGAGAUUAUAGUGUGCAAUUUGCUUCGGGCAAAGUAUCCGAAGGGUCCGGUGUAUGGCUUCAAGGUUGCUGUGAAGGAACACAUGGGUUAAGCGAUACUCUGUUGUCAGUUUUGGCAACACGAUCUGGAGAAAUUGUCAACUCAAUAUUCUGCAAGGAGUCUUAGGAAGGCGAAUAGGUUUUAGGUACCUAUGUUGUACCACUAGGUACCCAGGUAGGUAUAUAUUUAUUCUCUUGUCAUUGUAUGGUGUACUAUCUGUCGCUGUUGCAUUAUAUACCAGAUAGAUGUUGAUGAUUCGCACAUAAAAUGUAUCAAAGAGGUGGGCUGCGAGAGGUUAUGAAGCAUUACGUUUCAGCU